CUGCAGGGGGCCUCAUGUCAGCUUUACGUCUCGAGCCGCUUUCCUUUUGAUCACACGAAGAAGAAUCCGACGAAGUGGUUGAGUUUUUCUUUAAAGGAUGCCUUUCCGUUUUUGCCCCCAGUGUGGGACGAAGCUACAGCCUGACUUUAGGUUUUGUCCAUCGUGUGGAGAGAAGCUUCCCUGUUCUGCCGAUGAAGCUGGGCUUAUGAGUUCGCCUGCCUCUAUAAAAGAUGAAACAACAGCCACUAGCCCUGCUUCAUCCCUGAUCUCCAAGGACAGUAAGUCUCCAGUUUCACCUCGUCCUGCUAUAAGAAAGACCCGGAACAGCCUGCAACUGGACAAAACUGUUAAAUUUGACAUCCAGGGUUCAGUUCAACAAACUUUACUUUCAUCACCUCCUAAAAGUAAAGAGGAUGAAGUUAAGACUGUUGGGAGUCAAACAUUUGACUCCAAGAAGCAACCAGAGGUAAAAAUAACUUCAGAGGUUUUGUCAUCUCCAGCUGCAAAAUCUCCUCGACCAGUCAGGGGACAAGCCAAAGUUUCAAGUCCUGUUAAGAGGGAAGCAGAAGCAUCUGAUAAAACGACUGCAACGGCAGAAGCAUCAAAGGUUGAGCGUGCAGCUCCUUCCAAGUCUCCUUUGAAGGGAGGAGGGGGUAAAUCGAAGAAGGCAAAGCAUGCGUCAUUAUUAGUGCCGCUGCAGGAAGGGGAGGAGCUAACAGACAAGGCUGGCAAGAAGUGGAAACUGGUGAAGUUAAUUGGUCAGAAUGUGAUGGAGCUCCUGUAUGAAGUUACUCGACCCACAUCAAAAGAAGCGGAUCACAUUCUCAAACUGGGAACUAAAGAUGGGCGAAUCUUCACUGAGCAGAACUUCCUUCAAAGAGCGGCUAAGUCUACAUCUGUUGAAAAGUGGAUCAAGCAGAACAGGAUGGAUUUUCUGGGGAUCCCCUCCUGCGUUGGGUUUGGUCUUCAUGCAGACUUAUACAGGUUUCUGGUUUUCCCCAACAUGGGAUGCUCCCUGCAGUCUGUUCUAGAGGAAGAAAAUGAGCCCCUCUCUGAGAGAGCUGUUCUUCAGCUCGCCUGUAGGAUACUGGAUGUCCUGGAGUUUAUCCACUCAAACGAGUAUGUUCAUGCGGACAUUAACGCAGAGAACAUCUACAUCAAACCGGGAGAGAAUUCACAGGUGUACCUGGUAGGAUACUGUCAUGCUGUCAGAUACUGUCCAGGAGGCCAACAUGUGGAAUACCGCGAAGGCAGCAGAACACCACAUGAGGGCGCUGUCCCGUUCAUCAGCCUGGAUGCACACAAUGGAGCAGCCCCGUCUCGUCGCAGUGACUUGCAGUCUCUGGGUUACUGCAUGCUAAUGUGGCACACAGGAACACUGCCAUGGUCCAAACUGACCCAGCCGGAGCAAGUGGCUGCUCAGAAACGGUGGUAAUGAGAGAAAAUCCCCAUCUCACCUUUAUCCUAACUUCAGAGGACUAGAACUCUAAAGUUUGUGUUUUUCAGGUAUAUGGAUGAUGUGAAAGCCCUGCUGAGCCACUGCUUUGGGACAAAAACAGUUUCAUCUGCAUUUCAGGCCUUCCUAACAGCAGUGAUGGCUCUGCAGUACACAGAGCAACCCAGCUACUCAGAGCUCCAAGCUGGACUCAGUGCUGCCUUACAGCAGCUUGGGGGGUCAGUGGAGCAGCCUCUACAUAUGUCCAUAUAAAUCAAACCACAAGAUGAGAAUGGCGACGUUUUACUUGGUUUUAAUGGCUAGAAUUGACUUCUUUGUGCACUGAUGUAUUUGUGGUUCAACGUUUACUAAUCCACUGUAGUUCUAAGUGUUGGAGGGUCAACAUUUCAUGCAUAAAGGAUUUCAGUGAGAUUCCUAACAGAAUGCACUGUUUUUUCAUGGUUUUAAAGUCAGGGAUAUGUUCACAUUGUGUUUCUAAUGUAACAUUAUUCUAAUGUUUGUAAGAUUGAUUAGGUUACUUAUUUUAAAUCUUUCUGAAGUUUAAUAAAGGAUAAGAUUUUCUACUUUUCUU